CAUGAAGAUACUGAAACACAAACAAAGAUGGUGAUUAUUAAAGAAGAGAGCGAAGACAUGAAGAGUGAGGAAACAUUCAGAGUCAAACAUGAAGAUACUGAGGAACAAUCAGAUCCACGUGACACUAAUAUAAAGAUGCCAUUUAUUAAAGAGGAGAGUGAAGAUAUGAAGACUGAAGAAAGAUUUAGCAUCAAACCUGAAGAUACUGAGGAACAAACAAAGAUGGUGUUUAUUAAAGAGGAGAGUGAAGACAUGAAGAUUGAAGAAACAUUCAGAGUCAAAUAUGAAGAAACUGAGGAACAAACAGACCUGAUGACAUCGAAAGAGGAGAAUCAAGAACUCAGUGAGAAAGAAGAUAAUGUUCAACAUAAAAAAUAUGAUUUCAUGACUGGAGAAAAAUCAUUUAGUUGCUCACAUACUGAAAAGACUUCACAAAAAAGCGCUCAAAAGACAGCAAAUAAAAGUUAUUUCACCUGCCAACAGUGUGGAAAAAGUUUCAAUAGAAAGGGAUACCUUGAAGUCCACAUGAGAGUUCACACUGGAGAAAAGCCGUACAACUGUCAACAGUGUGGAAAGAGUUUCAUUCUAAAAGGAAACUUAAAAUACCAUAUGAGAGUUCACAUUGGAAACAGACCCUUUGUCUGCCAACAGUGUGGAAAGAGAUUUACUGAAAAAGGAAACCUUAAUAUUCACAUGAGAAUUCACACUGGAGAAAACCCUUUCACCUGCCAACAGUGUGGAAAGAGUUUCAUUCAAAAAGCAAGCCUUAAAAAACACACCAGAAUUCAUACUGGAGAGAAACCUUACACAUGCUCUCAAUGUGAAAGAAGUUUUACACACAAACAGCAUCUCGAUGAACACAUGAGAAUUCAUUCUGGAGAAAAGCCUUACACCUGCAAUCUGUGUGGAAACGGCUUCAUUCGAAAAGCAAACCUUAAAAACCACAUGAAAAUUCACAGUGUAGAGAAACCUUUCAUAUGUUCUCAGUGUCCAAGGAGUUUUAAACAUAAACAUAACCUUAAUGUCCACAUAAGAAUUCAUACAGGAAAUAAACCUUUCACCUGCCAACAAUGUGGAAAGAGUUUCACUGAUAAAAGAAACCUUAGAAAUCACGUUCACAAGAUUCACACUGGAGAGAAGCCGUUUACAUGUGAUCAGAGUUUUGAACGUAAAGUAGCUCUUUAACAUGAACAAUCACACCGGUGUGACUAGAGCGUUCAGUGUGUCAUGUGAUUAACUGAUAAAUACAAAUAUGCUUUCGUGCUUUGGCUGGUGCUGAGUCAGAGAUGGACAUGCUCAGUGCUCGUGUAACAGGUCUUCGCCCAGAUCUUGACAUAUAAUGAACUUGUUCCAGUAGGGUCAUUUAGAUGAGCUGAGAGAGUGAAUGGCUGUGGUGAGUGAGUGCUCCAUGAGAAACAUAUAUUGUAUUAAUUGUAUAAGCAUUUCAUGGAUUAAUAUUGACAUGUUUAGAAGGAUAUUGUAUGAUCUGUGUUCGUGCCACUGUUACAUGUGUGAUAAAAUCAAGUUUGAUGUUCACCUUCAUUAUAGAACAUGUACAUGUGAUUGUUGAAACUGUUGAAUG